UUACGUUAGGCAGACGCUCGCCCUACUGUACGCUAUGCAGGUUAAUGUACUUUUGGCUUAAACAAUUAAAAUAGCUAUAUUCAAUUCAAGUUUAACUGGUUUAAUUUGCCAUACUGGAGAUAUUCUGACUUUGUCGUCUAAGGCUCGGAGUACUGAAGUGUUCAGAUCAAAUAGGCGUAAUAGAUAAUAUUUCAUUUGAAGCUUACCUUUUCACAUAAUAAUGGCGGACGGUUCACUGCUGGGGAAUAUUGACCCUGAUAGAGUCGAGAAGGCGUUUCAACGCGUCAAGUCCGAGUUCAAGCAUCCAGGUGCUCGAUUAGUCCGAAUCACAGAGGAAUUCUACGAAAGUGCUUUGGAUGUUGUUCGGAAGUACUUCAUAUUAGAGGAGCCAGUCAACAAGGCGGUUGGGAUGCAAUGGACGGAUGAGCUUCGCGAGUUGUGGCUGUCCUCCUUCCGGUUGCAUCUCUCGAUUGCAGCUGUGAAUGAGGUGGACGGUGAUAUAAUGGCAAUCAGGACUACGAGAAUAACUAGGAAGACAGAUUUCGUCGACCCAGGAACUUUCCAGAACCAGGGUAUAAAGCGACUGUUCCUAAUUUUUAACCACUGCGACCAAAAGGCAGACUUUUUUAAUCGAUUUGGCAUCACGGAGGCGUUACAUUUCUACGGUCUCGGGUGCGCAGACAAGUACCAACACCAAGGUCUGGCGUCCAAACUCUUCAAGGCCGCCAUUGAUAUGGUCCGCUACCUCGACAUUCCAGAUGUUUAUAUAACAGGAGAGGCUACAUCGAAUUACUCUAAGAAAAUUUACGAAAAUGCAGGAUUUGUGGAGCUUUUUGAACAGUCCUUUGCGACGUUUAAGGUGAAGGGAGAAGUGGUGGUGCCCAACACGGGAAUUCACAAGUCAAUGAAAUAGUAUGCCCUCAAAGCCACGUAGAUACCACAUGUCCAGCUUGGUGACCACAAUUUACUAUAAUGAAUUAGGCUAAAAAAUUAAAUAGAAAUAUAAAUGGU